CGAGCGAGCGACUGCCUACACAAUGUGAGCAUCAUUGCGAUCGAGAGCUCGCAAAGAGUGGACUCUCUCUCUUUGCAAACUCGUGGUGACUGUGAAUACGCGGCCAUUUUCAUGCUUUUUCGGAAAGGGGGGAGAAAGCGAGGCUUGCCAUUGCAAGGGCAUCAAUCUCCUCCUCUACUGCAUUCCAGCUCAUCCGAUAUUGCCAAAGGUGCAGUUCUGCGAACGCCAUCGAGAAAAACACGGAGUCUUAUCGUUUCCAUUUUAGCACAAUGAACGAUUCGGUGGCGCCCAUCGUCUCGCCGCCCCACGUCGUGGUGGUUGGCGCUGGAGCGGCGGGGAUCACGGCAGCCUUUGCCCUCGUCCAAGCCGGCGUCGACGUGACCAUUCUAGAAGCGUCCCCGUCCCGUAUUGGCGGUCGCAUUUACCCCAAUACCACUCUGUCCGCUUUCCCGCUGGAAUUGGGGGGCGAAUGGGUUCACUUGAAGCCCGAUCAGAUCUUACCCAGGCUCUUGUCACCCCAGCGAGACUUUGUGGUGGGUCCGCAGCAAACCCUUUUGCACGAUACGGGGCCCAUACAGUACUGGAGUGAGGAUGCCUUUUAUCCGUACGAGUUUGAUCCGGUCGACUAUCUGUGGGUGAAUACAUCCUGGUUGGAGUUUUUCGAAACCAACUUUAUCGAACCGGCUUCACUAGCCGAUCGUAUUGUGAUGAAUUGUGCGGUGGAUACGAUUGAUGUCCAAGCUCCGACCGCGAACGACACCGGUCAUGUCUUGGUGAGCUGUGCUACCGGUGACAAGACUUACACGGCUGAUGCCGUCAUUGUUACAGCAUCCAUGAAAGUCCUCCAAGACGGGGUGAUUAAGUUUCAGCCGCCGUUGCCCGAUUCCUACCGCAACGCUAUGGGAAAUUUUGACAUGGGUCCCGGGCUGAAAGUCUUUAUCGAAUUUACGGAAACUUUUUAUCCGUUGGCCUUUGCGUUCGAAUCCGACGAUGCCACGGAGGAGGAAGGCGAGCGGUACUUUUACGACGCAACCUUUGGAGAAACGACGAACAAGCAUAUUCUGGGUGUGUUCGCUUACGGUAUCACGGCCGAAAGGUACCUCGCUCUCUCCGUGCAAGGAGAGGAUGUUUUGGUACGGGCUAUUUUGGAAGAUUUGGACGCCAUUUUCGAUGGUCGAGCCAGUGCCACGUACGUGAACCACGUUGUCCAGGAUUGGGCGCAGGAGCCUUUUGUCCGAUGCGCGUACACGUAUUGGAUCACCGACUACGCGUCGAGUAUUGCGCAAUUUCAAAAGCCGGUCCACGGCAAAGUCUUUUUUGCCGGUGAGGCCUUGCCACCGGAUUUGGAAAACUGGGGAUUCGUCCACGGUGCUGCUCUUUCGGGUCAAAAGGCUGCCGCCGACGUGGUGGCGUUCCUGGACAGCGCCGGAACUUCCGCCGACGUCUUUGGUGUUGGUAUCGCUGCCGUAUGGACGCUUCUCCUUUGGCUAUUUUGAUCACAGGAGAAAAGGACGCUGCCGUUAUUGUUAAUUGCUGAAUGAAAAUCACUGUAGGACCGUAUUUUUGUUGGCUUUCCGAGUUGGAAAUACGCAAAGCCCAGACAAUGUUUUAGGGCUCUAUACCGACGUACACGUCGCUACCUAACCAAUUGUCUAAUUUUUUUGUUUGAAACCA